AUGAAUUUCUUUGGUGUUCUUUUUGUAUCGAAUUUCUUACUUGCUUCAAGCAAACAAGUAGUCAUCUCAAAUAUUCUUCCGCGUCUAGAUCGAGAUGGUAAAUAUGUUGAUGCACAUGAUGGUUGUUUAGUAAAAUUUAACAAUACUUAUUUCAUAUAUGGUACAGUUUACGGUGAAUGUCAUCAAUCUACUACUGUUUGUGAUGGUGUAUGUGGUUAUCUAAAUAAUACUUUUGCUUUAUAUACAUCAUCAGAUCUUGUCAACUGGACAUUAAUUAAUAAUAAUAUAGUACCGGAAGUUACACAAGAUCAUAAUUAUAUCAAUUAUUGGAUGCCAAAUGUCGGCUAUAAUGUUCAUACUAAGCAAUAUGUAAUGAUUUAUUGGUCGAGUAGAUAUGGAUUUAAGAAUUCUGUUAUUGCACUUGCUGUUUCUUCAACACCCUAUGGUCCUUUUGUAAAUGUUCCACCAUUGGAAAUGCAAGGAGGAAAAAGAAUUAGUGAUACAACUAGUUUAUUUGUUGAUGAUGAUAAUACAGCAUAUGUUCGAUAUAAUACACGUGAUGCACCUUUGAGACAUAUUAUAGAAAAACUCUCACCAGAUUGGAUGACAACUACUGGGCAAUUUUCUAUUAUUUUCGAAAAACAAGAUUUUCCUUGGUAUGAUGGUGGUGGAACAUUCAAACGAAAAGAUAUUUAUUAUACAAUGUUAUCAUUUGAUUGUUGUUUUUGUCAAUGGGGUUCAGAUGCACGAACAUUUGCUACAACUGAUAUACUUGGUAAUUGGACAUAUAUUGGUCAAUUAAAUUAUUGUGCUGAUGGAAAAAUUCCGCCUGAUCAUGUUUCCGAUAUGUACAUAAAUCCAUGUUCAAUCAAUAAUACAUUUGGUACAAAUUUCACAGUUCCUGCUCAACAAUUUAAUGUUGCUACUUUGCCAGUAUCAUCAGAAGAAACAUUAUACAUGUACUAUGGAGAAAGAUUUCGUUCCAGUAAAGAUGGAAUGAAAGGUCAUGAUUUUCAAGCUUGGAUACCAAUAGAAUUUACGACUAAUGAUACUUUAUUACCUCUGAAAUUCUACAGCAAUUUUACGGUAAAUAUUCAAGAAAUAUUCCAUACAUAA